AUGCGUUUCUCCAUCGUCUUCACUCUCUCGGCCAUUGCCCUGGCCAACGCGCAGAGUGUCAGCAUUGAGACAGUCGACAACCCUGCCACUCAGUACCUGACCCAGACAAACUCCCUCGGCGUGGUGACCGGCCAACCUGAUGCCGUUACUACCCAACCCACCGCUGUCACCAGCCAGGCUGCUGCCGUGACCUCGCAGCAGCCCGCCGCCUCCAUCCCCGCCGGCCUGACCUCUCCCGUCGCCGGCCCUGGCGCCACUCACACCACUUUGUCCACUGCCUCCAGCAACACUGCCAGCGGCACCGACUCCUCUGCUACUGGCACCGAGACCUCGGACUCCUCCAAGACCACUGGUACCUCCUCUAGCACCAGCUCGUCCUCUGAGUCGUCGUCCUCGUCCGACUCUGCCUCCAGCUCCUCUUCUGAUGCUUCGAGCUCGACCUCUACCGGUGGUGCUGCUAUUGCCACUGCUGGCCCAGUCGGUCUCGGCAUGGUCGCUGGUGCUGCUCUCGUUGCUUUCCUGUAA